AUGGGAAAGAAGAGACGUGGACCCACCCUGGAUGAGCUUUUAGCUCGCCCAUGGUGCUACUACUGCGAACGUGAUUUCGAUGAUCUUAAAAUCCUCAUAUCGCAUCAGAAGGCGAAGCAUUUCAAAUGCGAGAGGUGUGGGAGAAGGUUGAACACUGCUGGAGGAUUGUCGGUACAUAUGAGUCAAGUACAUAAGGAACAGUUAUCGGCUGUUGAUAAUGCGCUUCCUAACCGGCAAACUCUUGACGUUGAGAUCUUCGGCAUGGAAGGUGUCCCCGACGAUAUCAUCCAGACUCACAACCAGCGGGUCGUAACACAGUUCCACCAAGCCGAGGCGGAGCGACAGGCCCAGACUGGUAACCCUCCUCCUGGCGCAGGCGUUGGCGGACAGCCAGCGAAGAGACCGAAACUUGAAAAUGUAUCGGAUCUGAAAAAGCGACUGGCAGAACAUAAAGCCAAAAAGGCCGAGGCUCUUACCGGCGGAAGCAGCGGUGACGUGACCCCUGUUGGCGCAGGACAAACACAGAACGCGGGUUCCUUUAGCCAGUCACCCUCGACAGCGGCUCCAAACUCACAGUACACAUAUCCUCAGCCGUACGGAGGUGCGGGCUCUCCCUAUCAACAAACAGCCAGUCCGGUCUACCAGAAUUUCUCCCCUGGUGGACAAUCGCAAUUCCCUCCUAGUGCGCAGUAUACUCCAGCGGGAUACUCCCCGCAAUCAUUCCAAGGCACCCCCGGUCAGACCGGCGCAGCUUACGGAACACCACCGCCUUUCCCUCCACAGCAGCCACAGCAACCACAGCAACCAACUCCUCAAACCAACACACCCCCACAGGCUGCCGCAUUUGCGCAACGAUCUGGGAGCUUGCCGGCCGUCCCCGGCCUGCCCCAACGGCCUGCCGUGGGUGCUCCACAGGUCAAUGCCUAUCAGCUACAGCAAAUGCACAUGGGCCAUCCAGUUCCGGCCACCGGUACCACUGCUGGCGCUGCUAACGGCGAGAAGCCCCCAGGAGCCGAAGCCACACCGUUCUCAUCGUCUGUCGACGACCUCAUCUCCGGUGCCGCCAAAGAAGCAGACCAAGCAGCCGCAAGCGCUGCGCCUGCCACAGAAGAGAAGCCCACCAAGAAGGACAAAUCCAAACAGUCAAGAUUGGUGUAUUCUGACAAUGAGACCAGUCCGGAGGAAAAGAUGGCGAAACUGCCCAGGUACGCAUUCGUUCCCGAUCGUUUAGGGGAAACGGCGCUCCAAGAACAAGUUCCUGCGGCCGUAACGGGGGCCGAACGGGGUCCAGAUACCGUAUUCGACGCGACGGAUUAA